GCCACGUACUACGUGUACGCUUGCGUCUCUCGGAAAUAUUGUGCAACAUAGGGCAUAUUUCCUACCCUCUGCAGGUGGCGCUAGUAGCCUGAAAUAUCCCCGCUUAUCAUCAGGGUGGUGUUUUACCUGCUGAGGUUAUGUCCGGGAGCUGCGUAGUAAAGUAAACUAUAAGUACUAUAACUAUAGUAGGUGUUACUUUGAAAUCGAAACGGUCCGUGUUCUUGAUAUCACAAUUGCAUUGUAUUAAUGCCACUCAAAUGCUUCCAACACCUACACUUCUUUCAGUUAGCAGUUUAUCAGAUCAUUCACUUCUUUAGCCCACUAGGAUGGAAAAAUUAUAAUUUCAAAGAACUUAACGGCCGUAACGGUCACCUAGUGAGAAGCAGCCCGUGACCUAGCUUUUUGGCGUCCCAAGUUCACCAGAACAGCUUUUGUCAGCUUCCCCCAAAGGGUUACAUUCACAAAAUAAUGCAUACACAUUAACCUAGACCAUACAGACACGCGUUAGUAUAUAUGUACCAGUAAACAAAUAAUUAAAACGAGGCAGACCGUAAAGCGCAUUCCUGUAUUUUGAAAGUUUGUGGCAAAUUUACUUUGUGCCAUGAACACAUGAAAGUGCCAUUAAAGGAGAAUAUGCGACAUUAUUACACGUUAUGAUUUUUUUAAGUAGCCAUGCUAGUUUUAUAGAGGUCUCAGUAGGCAAAGGGGUAAUGAGUAACAUUAAGGAUUUAGGUCAGUGGAGGGAGGGCAAAUUAAAUAUUUUGCUAUCAGAUCGUUAAACUAAUACAUUUCAACUGCUAAUUCAACUGUAAAACGGUGCAUUGUUUUAGUUAGGCUGUAUUUAUCUGGUUCAACGCCACUUGAAAAGAAAUCUGCAAACAUGCUGGGCGUAACCGUGUAAAAUCCAUUCAAUAAUCUAUUAUCCAAAAGAUUUUCCCCGCCUCCAACGGGUAGGGGGAACUCCCUCACUUAAUAGAUUUUUAAAGUUUUAACACCGGAGGUGAAGUUGCUUCCUAGAAAUUAGAAACUGGUAAUAUUUUGCUAUUUUGUGACAUCCGAUAUUACAGAAAACCAUGCCCGCUUGUCUAGUUCAGAUUUAAUCCCCAGGCCAGCAGCCGGCUCCUUUAAAAUGGCGUGACGCUCGAAGCUUACGGUCGGCUUAUGGCCACGGAGGCGUGCAGCGCCUCAUAAGGGCCGUAAAUACCUCAGUUGUAAAAGUCAAAAUGAGGAACUUCCAGGGUUUGAAAUUAAUUACCUCCAGCGGACUGCCAUAUUAAAAGUUAUAUGGAUUAUUUUAUAUAGUUUAUUUUUACGUCGGAUAUACAGUACAGUACCUCGGCGAAUAGUCAUUACAGUGCAUUGCAGUACUUAUAACAUUGGUGUUUUGAAAUAAGUAUAGCCUAUACAUAAUAAUUAUAAAAAAGAACAAUUCUACCUGUUUUGCAAUUAUUCCUAUGUUAAUAGACUCGAAUCAUAAACGAGAGGGAGGCGUGUUAUAGUUGAGUCAAAUUAGCUCUGUUAAGUUUAUUUUAUCCGCCAGCUCGGCUAUGUCAGCUUUCUUUGACCUGCACUCUAACACCGGCGAGACUUCAGCACCGUGGCAGCUGGAUAGCGGCUGUAUGCAACCCCCCCGGGACAAGGGACCCUCCCGACAGACGAUGUCUCGCACCAGCCGUAGUCUGGAUAUAGAGCUGGAACAGGAACUGGACAUGUUUAUUGGUGACUGUGGAGAAGCUGCAGAUUUAUCUGGUCUGGAAACCAACUUACGGACGCUCUUCCGACGAAAAGAAAAAGAUUUAAUCUUGGCCGCCAAGAUUGGGAAAACAUUACUGGAGCGAAACGAAGAGCUGACUAUGCAAUAUGAAAACAUACACAAAGACCUUAAUGAAAAACUAGAGCAGACGGAACAGGAGCGGCACGAGCUGCGGCAGUGGCUGGAGGCCAGGCAGGGGGAGCGGGAGGCCCAUGUAUCCGAGCUGGAAAUGGACCUGCAGCAGCUGCAGGGCGAGUUUGAGCUCCAGCAGGCCCGCACCCGAGAGCUGGACCGCGAGAAGAACCAGGCUGUUACCGAGCUCUUGGAGCAGAACCACAAGCUGCUGGAACAGCUGAGCAGGGCGACAGAAGCCGAGAGGGUGCUGUCCACCCAGCUCCAGGUGCUGCGGGAAGACUUCAGGAAGAAGAACAUCUCCAUCAAUCAGCACAUGUCGCACCUUGAAAGCCUACAAGCUGAGAUACGGCGUCUUUCUGAAAGAAAGAGAGAGCUGGAGCGGAGGAUGAGCGGCGUACGAAGGGAAAACGAGGUCCUCCACGUGGCCGUGGACGAGCUGCGCGAGCGGGCGUUCGCUCUGGAGAAGAACUGUCGUGAAAAGGAUUCGCGAGUAAUGUGUUUUUUGCAACUGCGGCAGAGCCAGCUGGACCUGCAGGAGGUGCGCGUCUCCCGCCAGCAGCUUGGCUUGCACUUGGAGGAGCUGAACCAGGAGGGGAACUCUGUAGAGCGAGACUCCCAAUGUGAGAUGGAGCGGGAGGAGGAAGAGGAGAACCAGCUGCGUUCCAGGGUACGUUACGCCCGCUGCCAGGUGGGCUCACUCUACUCGCACCUGCGAGGCAGCAGCACCAUGGAGCCCACACUGUCCUGCGACACUCUGACAGCCAGGGACCCGUCUGCUGCCGGUCUCCAUGGCGACCUGCUGGCCAGCGCGGAGUCCACGGUCUCGCCGCACUGUGAUGAGGAGGCGCUGGACCAGGUGAGGAGACUAAGAGAAGAGCUGCAGGGAUCCAGAGAGCUUUUUCAGGAAGAGCAGGAGCGGUUCUGCAGCAGGCAGCAGGAGGUGUUGCAACUUCACAGUCAGGUGGCGCUGCUCUCUGUAGAGCUCUGCUCUGUGAAGGAGGAAGCUGGGAGUCUGCGAGUCCUGGCAGAGGCCCGGGAACCUGGGGAGUGACUGCUGAGCGUCAUACGAGACCGAGACAAUGCAGUUGCCAAGAGGAAUGCAAUGGAGUUGGAGCUGGGCCAGUGCAAGAUUGACAUCAUGUCCCUCAACAGUCAGCUGCUGGAUGCCAUACAGCAGAAACUCAGCCUUUCACAACAGCUUGAGGCUUGGCAGGAUGACAUGCUCAGGAUCGUCAAUCAGCAACUGAUGGACAAACACCAGGAUGAGUUCUGGGUCUCUCCGUACUCAUUCUCUGGUGGAAACACAAGACUGGCGUCAACCAGGGCAAAUUGUCAUGGGAACGGGGACAAGAAACUCUUCUCGUUCUUCAAGAAGAACUGAACCAUUAAGCCUAAAAUGUCUCAGAUAUAUGAGACUAUUAUAAUGAACCUGGAAUAGCGUGGGCCACAAACUGGAAGAUUUUCCUUAAUUCUCAUCAAUGUAGACACAAUUUAAACAACCAGUGAUGGGUGGAGCUGCAGGGGGGCAGUGUGAGCUCUGCCCCCAGUUCCACCCUUUAAGUUGCACAUUCAGACACAGGACCCCCCCAGUGUGUUUUUGAGCACAGAGCACCACCCUGUCUGUUUAAAUAUGUAACAGACAUCUGCUGCAGUCGUACAAUAAAUAAACUAAGAAAACUCUUAGGGGUGGGUUUAAGCAGUAUGCACAGAGCAGGGAGCUGAAUCACACAGGAACAGGGGAGCCCAGAUGCCACCAUAACCCAGCAAACCUGUGCAAGUCUGCAUUGCCAAUGUAAGCGUGAAUGAGAGAGUAUAAAAAAAGAGGAUUCAGAAACAUUUUCUAACUAUGCCAUGAGAUCAGAGACGCUAUUUUAUUAACCUUCACUGAAGCUUGUCAACAAAGCUGCCAGGGCAGUCAGACUGGAAUGAUUACGACAUGAAUGAGACCGCAGACACGCCUUGAGCACUUCAAGAGCAGAGUGUGACGCUCUGGGGGCAAGGAGCACUCAGCCAUAUUUAACCGCUGUAAAAAGCGCCAGUUUAGAUGCCAGUUUGCUGAAAUACAUGUUUUUGGACUGUGCAAAGAAGCAGGAAUGCAAAGCCCACACACAGACCCAAAGCCACAGUGCUACCCCCCCCCCUGGGUAGCUGCAUGGUUUUAGAGAACCAGUGACACCGCCUACCUACCAUGACAAAAUGUUUCGAGUCACCUCCUCGCUAAAGCUAAAGUGGACACCACAGCCAGCCCCAGUACUGGCAGCUAAUGCUAACGUCGCUCAAGAGCACAGAACACAGCCGUGGCUGAAGUCCUGUCAGCAUCCCUUUGUUGGAGGCCUGCUCUGCAGCAGCCGGGUCCGCUGAAUGCUGAUGAGCUGGGCUUCCGCCUGCUUGCACUGCGCCUGCCUCUUGGCCGUAUUCCAACAAGAAUCCAACAGGACUGUUAAUUGCCAUCAUCUUGUGGGGUCAUACAACGGUGGUGGUAUUUUAAUCCAUUUUAAAUAUAUUGUUUGGUCUAAUGGGCUGCCAAGACCUUAAAUCAAAUAUCAAAAACUAAUGUUGUUUUUAGUAGAACACUGUUGAAGAUGUCUGUAAAUGUUCCCACUGUUUAACCAACCAAUAAAAAAAAACUUAUUCAAAAUGA